GUGAUCGCUUGCUCGUAUUGGAAGCAUCAACUUUAGCUCAUGAUCUUUUUGCUUAUCACGUACAACGCUAAUUGAUAAGAAUCUUUCACUAUCAUAUUUUCUUUCCGGUUUUUAAACCAGGAGACAUGGCUUUGAUUCUUCCAUUUCAAACACUUAGCAAAUGCUUGUAAGCUCAAUGAAUAGCUUCAAAGCGAAUGAAAAUGAUGUAUGCAUUUUUACUGAACUAAACGGCUACGAACGUUCAUUUCAUUUUAAUUUUCCAUGUGCCUGGAGAUACCGGGCAUAACCAUCUGACAGGCCUUUUUAUGGAUGGAUCGGCGGCUAGGUAAGCCAACUCCGUACGUGCUUGAGCCAUUUUUUUCUUAUGCUUCUUCCGAGAUCUCUCAAUCGAAAACGCAAAGACAAUAACAAUGAUGCUGCUCUUGCCACGGAUAAUCAACAGCAAAAACGUCGGAUAAAUGCUACCGUUGCUGGCAAUCCCGACACUACCUCUCGAUCUGAGGUUUCAAAUGUGUCACUACCACCCCCAUCACCGAUUAUUUCUACGUUUCACGAUUCCCGUACAUCGAAUGACGACGACGACGAAGACGUGCCGAUCAAGCAAUAUUCUUCGCAGCAGCGAUUAGUAAUCCCCAACAGCGACGAACCCAACUGCGUAAUAUGUGGCAAGUACGGCGAAUAUAUCAACGACGAUACUGACAAUGAUAUAUGCAGCCGCGAGUGCAAGCUCAUCGACACGGAUAUGAACGGACCCUUACGAACACCCGUAUCGCACAAGCAUGAGCCACAGCCAUCAACACUUGUUGCAGUGCAUCAGUCUGCUUCAGUGGCUGAAAACGUGCAUGCUAAAUUGACCAACUAUCAAGAGUCACCUAGCGUCGCAAAUAUGCCGCAGGAUCAAAUCAAGUCUAUGCUCCAAGCACACGAAAUCCACGUCAAAGGCAGCAGUAUACCCCGACCUAUUGUAUCGUUUGAUCAGUGUCGUCAAGCACUUGGCCAACGGCUUUUGGACAAUUUGGAUCGACAAGGUUGGUCAAUGGCAACAAGUGUCCAACGACAAGCUGUUCCUGCUAUGCUAGCAGGACGAGAUGUGGUUGUCAUAUCUCCUGCAGGUUCAGGCAAAACAUGCGCAUUUGUCUUGCCCAUUUUAGCGCAUUGUCAAUCACUCUCUGCCAUGCACCGCCACAAACGACGCUCAGGUCCCUAUGCGCUAAUCCUUUCACCGACCCGCGAUCUGUGUGCUCAGAUCGAAAAUACCAUUAAACGCCUAGCCAAAGGAAUCCGAAAUAUACGAACGGCGCUGCUUGUCGGUGGUGAGCCAUGGCCGGACCAGUUGCACCGACUGCGCACAGGUGUACAAAUCGUGGUUGGAACUCCAGGCCGGGUCUCGGAUAUGGCAGCCUAUCAUCCACACAUGUUACGGGUAUGGCGUGCACGGAUGCUGAUUUUGGAUGAAGCGGACGUACUCUUUGCAUCGGCCAUGAGGAAGCAAGUGCGAUUGAUCUUAAACAAACUACCCGACAAGAUUAUCCGACAAUUCGGCUACUUUUCGACCAGCAUAAAUCCCGAACAGUCCAAAAUCGUCAAGCGAAUGUUGCACCCCAUUGAAAUAAGCGUCGGGCAACCGGAUGAAAAGGUGGAAAAGAAGGCAGUGCAGCAGCUCGCAUCCGUCACAAAUGUCAAACAAACAAUCUUGUGGGUCGAGAAUCCAAGCAAAACAAAACGUUUGCUGUCGAUCCUUGACGACCCGAAAUAUUUCAGCGCGCCUGUGCUGGUAUUUGCAGAAAGCAACUUGGCCGUGAUGAAUCUUGCACAAACGAUUCACAAAAAGAAGAACUACAAACAUUGGCGUGUGGUUGCCAUGGAUGCAGAAAAAUCGCUCAAGGAAAGGGCUGCUAUAUUGGAAGGGAUGAAUAUAGACCCGCCAGAAUGGGAUGUAGUUAUAUCGACGGAUGUACUUGCUCGCGGAAUUAAUCUGCCAACGGUUAGUCUGGUGAUCAACUACGAUAUGGCAAAAACAAUACCAGAUUAUGUCCACCGGAUAGCAAGAGCCGUGAUACCUGAAUCUCCAAACACAGCUAUUGGCAGGAAAACAAGAAAGCAUAGUCGCGGUUGGGCAAUCACAUUUAUCAACAAGCUGUUUUCACAGCUCUACCAAGGGCUUUCCAACAAAUCACCCGUGGAUGUCACGCCACUACCAUCUGAACUUAAAAAACAGCAAUUGUAAAAGAACCAUGAACGA